AUGUUCGAACAAGGAGAUUCGUCAAAGGAGGAACGAACAAACAUCGAAGAUGAAUUAACAGAGGAAGAUCUUAUCCCGAGCUUCAAGAACAUUUGGGACAGCCUAGACAAAUAUGAAGAAGAAUAUAUACCGUCCACAGAAAUUCAGAAAUACCAUAAUUCUUUGCAGAAGAGUCUAUAUAACAUUUUGUUUUCGAUUAAAUAUUUUCACGAAUUAAAUAUUGAUGCGUCAUUUUUGAAGCUCGUUAACAGAUAUGUGAAAUUUAAAUUACAAGGAAAUCAAACGGACGAAAAGGAUAUAUCUAGAUUAGCACGGUUUCAUUUAAAAAAUCAAAAAGAUGACGAUGAAGAUGAACUAGUAGUGGAUGAAGAAAUUGGGGUAUUUCCUACAAAGUGCCCAAUAUCACAAAUGCCUUUUGAGAACCCAGUGACGCAACGAUUUAGCAAAAAUAGGAAAGCUUGUGUGCACACGUUUGAGAAAUCGUUCAUACUUAGAUUGAUGCAAAAUAAAGACACAAUCGAAUGUCCAAUAGCAGCUUGCAAAAAGAAGGUCUACAAAAAUAGUCUACAUCCGGAUUAUGAAUUUCUCCACCAUGCAAGGUAUAAAAAAUUCCGGGACAACAUAUCGGAGGCGAAGGAAUAUUUCAUUAACCUUAGGAAUGAUGAGAACAAAGGAUUUGACUUCGUCGAGUAA